GCCGAGUUUGAACACAAUCUGGACAAUGCCAAACCUGGAAGCGAGCGAGGCAUGAUCAAUGGUAGCUACCACAACGAGCGUGAGUAUCCCAUUGACUCCCAAUGGAUCGCCGCCAGAACUGCGCAAUGGCGGCUCGCCAAGAUCACAUCGCUUCGGGUCUGCGCGCCAAACUUUUGAUCAUCGCAUGGAUGGAGCCAGCAAGCCGGCUAGUGAAGCCGCGCAUAUGCUCAGACGACGGAGCUCGAUCGUGGAGAACGACCUUUACAAUGGCCGGCAGAGCUACCACCUGUCUAGUAUCUCUAUGGGGUCUAUGCCAACUCUGUCGGGGCUGGGGGAUACCGCGAGGACGUCUAGAAGCCGACUGCGCAGCACGAGAGCGCUGUAUCAAAUAAUUCUGGGGAUACUGUGCAUAUUUGUGCUCAUCGUUGCUGCAACUCGCUCAGAAAUUGCGUCGUCCUUCACUUCACUUGGCAGUCGUACUUCCGCCUGGCUUCACUCGCCAAUAGCUCAUCGCAUACGAUAUGAGCGCUACGAUUUUUCGACAUUACAAGCUGGGGGCCGGAACUCGAGGAUGAGCCUAGCAGACUUUCUCAAAGAUCGGAUGGGGCCGCCCGAUCCUUCACUGCCCCUCUGGGUGACGAUGUCAGGUGGUAUCUACAUCACCGAAGCUAUACCUCACUUGCGCAUCGUACUCGAGCGUCUAGCCAAUGGAACCAUGCCGCACAGCAAGCCAAGAUCGGACGGACGCAAAGAUCCAGUCGUGACGCCGGUGCCCAGACAGGGCAGAGGCACGCAACCUUUCAUGGUGCUCUGUCUGGACGAGCAAUGCAUGGAGCAGUGCCGUAUACAAGGCUACAUGGCGUACUUUUAUGACAAUCAUGUGGGUAGCAAGCAUUAUACCGACAUUGGCUACCAGAAGAGUAGAAUGAUGUACGAAGUGGCUUCUGCUGGCUACGCAACGCUCUUCAUCGAUGGGGAUGUCUACCUGCGCAAUGAUCCCUUCGAGUUCAUGCUGCCGGUCGACGACGCUUCAGUCGAUAUCCAGAUUCAAGACGACGUCAGCAACGGCGAUCAGCUGAACAUAGGCUUUUUGCUGCAAAGUGCCAAUGAGCGCGUUGCUGCGCUCUGGCUCGAAGUCCUGGAUAAGGUCAAGGACGGCGCCUCGUGGGAUCAGGAAUGGUUCUCCGCCUUUGCCAACGUGACAGCAGCUCGCAAGGUACCCGGUCACCAUGAGCGCUUCACCAGUCCGCAAGGCGUCAACUUCUACGUCCUGGAUCGACGGCGGUUCUCUCCCUAUCACAUCACUGCACCUGCUGCGCCAUUUCCAGAGGCAGUGCUCAUGCACCUCACAUGUGCGGACAAUGCCUGGCUCAAGUUCUAUCUGUCUGCGGUCUAUGGCUAUUGGCAGAACGUCAACGGCUACUAUACCCGGCCGCCCCAGAUCAUUACAAUGCCCGAGAUCAGUGGCACGAAAGUGCAAGUCCGCCGACAGAUACGGAUGCUCAUCCAGCUCGCACAAAUCACUGGUCGUGCUAUACAGCCGCCUUUGGUCGUGACCAUCUUCUCGGCCGAUCUGACACCAGAAUGGCCAAAAUGGGGCGAUCGUAUACAAGCACUGCCCGAGCCGGUACCUCAGCGAGCUUCGACAGAGCCCAUGGAACUCUCUGUGCACCGUCGCCACUGGUGGUCUACAGUGCACGUACAAGAAGUCAGAAAUACGUUCAAUGUCACCGUGCUUGAGCCAAAUUACAUCGCACAUGCACUCACCCAUAAGCAGUCGACAAAGACCGUCUUCGCUUUGACCUCGCCGGGCAAUCUAGACCUCUUCUGGUACAGGGGCCGCUUCGACCUGCUCACGGAAGCCAUUACAUCAGAUCAUUACAUGCAACAGCAAGUCAUUAGCAUUACAGAUCCAACGAGAUCACUCGCAACAUUACCUGUCAGGGGGAAGGAGCUGCGCCUUUGCAGUAGAUUAGAAAUGGGCUAUCAGUGUUACAAUCUCUGUCAGAACGAACAAGGUACUUAUGCAGACGUUCAGCGGGGCGACCAUGACGAUCUUGUGGCCAUUCUGUCGCAGCCACGGACAGUGAAGCGAGCAUCGUUCGCCGCUAACCAACAAGAAACAUCAUCUAGGCUCGGCAUUGAUACGAGCGAAGGCGAUCUAGACCCUCUGGCUGCAUUCACUUCGCUUGCGUCUCCAGCUACAGCUCCAUCUACGCGCCAUAUGGAUGUUAGUAGCAGGUUGUCACAGUACGACUUUGCGCCGGCGUCAUCGAUGUCUACCGCGUCAGGAUCGCAUUCGUUCCCACUGAUGCCUGCGAGCACAGCCUCUGUCUCGAUGGCACAGUCUGCAGCUAGUGCCUCAUCGUCCUCGCCUUCCCCGCCUGCAUCACACUCGUCUCUGCUCUACUCCAGUCUGGGAAUGUCAUCCGGUCCAUCGCACCAAGGCAGCUCUCCUCCGAGUUCUGCGGAAGAAGUCGAGCCCGUUGCGUCUGAGCCAGCAGCGAAGCGGCAGAAGACAGUCGCGACGCUGUCCAUGGAUCCCUCCAAAGUCGCUCUCGCAAUUUCACGGCCGCAUCAGACCACAGCCGUCAAUCUGAAGACGCUCAGUUAUGCUGGUCUGGUCCAAUAUGACCAAUCGAGAGCUUCGUUGCCAAGUCAAUUCGAUCUCGUAAAUCUCAAAGCUAGCACUUCGCAAGGCAGCAAGCGCAAGCUUGCAGCCUCGUCGAAUGGUGACGAGGAAGACAAUAGCGGCGACGAGAAUAGCGCAGACAAGGAUCUUGGUGGUCACAAUGCUGUUGAGCGACGAUAUCGUGAUGGCAUCAAUACAUCCAUCGCGCUUCUGCGUGAUCUCGUGCCUGCGACUGCGCACCUUCGCGCCGAGCCAUCGUCAGAGACCAAGGCGAAAGGCAAGCGGAACUCGCAAUUCAUGCUGCCACACCCUGCACCAGUCACACAAGGGGUCGUGGAUGGCGUCGAGGCAGCAACAAAGCUGGGCAAGAAAGUCGUGCUGAGCAAAUCGAUUGACUACAUCCGCUUCCUCAAAGGACGCAGGGAAGAGCUCGAGGAGGAGCUGUUCCUUUUACGGCAGUUCGUCGUCGACUGCGUCGAAGGCGGUGGCGAUGUACUGGCUAGCUUUGAUGAUCAGAUCAAGACAGUGCGCGAACAAGCGCGGCCGGCUGCGUCUCAGGUUGCCAAUGCCGGCAAGUCGAAAGCGAAGUUAUCUCGCUCUCAGCGCGCCAAGGCUACGCCCAAGUCAAAGGGCUCUAGCGUGACGCCUCCUCAAGCUGAGGCCACCCAGCCUAGGCCGACGACCAUGGACGAGAAUGUCGAGGACGUUAUGGUUGCUCCCGUAUCCAUGGACUACCUUAGCGAGAUAGCGGAUUUACAAGACUACGCGUCAAUCCUGCGUGAUAGUGGCAUGGGUGGCUACUCUGAUGGCUAUGCCCAUGCCGCCGAUUCAGCAACAUUUGACGAUCUCUCGCCGACCACGCGACCCGGCUCAGCAGCUAUGUUUGCCGUCUUGGGCGGCGUUUCCUUCCUGGGCGGCUUCGGCUACGAUGUCGCGUACACAGCCAAUGCAGCUCCGAACAGCGAACGCGCUUGGUCGUCUGGCCUGCGCCGACGCUCUGUGCCCGUUACAGACGAUACUCUAUCGCCGCUGCAGUCCGCUAUACUUGCCCAGCCUGCGAUUCUCUCUGGUGUCAUUUGCGUCAGCUUGCUCGUUAUCGUUUUACUGGCGCUUCGACUCGUGCUACGACUAGGGCGUAGACUGUCCGCAGAUUCGACGAUCAGAUACCGGCUAGCUCUGCAGCGCCUACACACCGCACGAACGGGCGAUGUGAAAACUGUCGUCGGUGCGUUACGUAUUGUUGCUGACGCACCUAAGAACUUGCCGAGUGCACUCAUGUCGAUCGUACGCCAAGCUUGGCGGGUGAUAACGCGCACGCACUCCCUCAACGCGCCUCGCCAUGUAGCGAUAGAGGCGUGCAUGGCCACUUUGCGGCUUGCGGAGAUCGAAGUGAUGUCUGCUGGCACAGGCCAGCGCAAAGUCUGGCGGUUUCAGGCGUAUCUGCAGCUUCUCAAUGCGUCUCGAAGUGCUGCUUGGCAAGAAUGUGCCCGAGAUCACGAAGAACUGCAGGAGCCUCGCGUGCAAGCCACGCUAGCUUUGCUCGCUCUCACGUCACCGUUAUUACAGACCGCCCAAGCGCAAUCUCACUGGACCGAAGCCAUAUCGAGUUUGAAAAAAGUCGAACUGCCAGUGCCGUGGCUGUCGAUGGUCCUCGAAAGCAGCUUAGUUGAUGCACAUGCGAGUCUCGACGAGCUUCGCACGUCUUCCGAUCCUCUCGUCAAUCCUCUUGCAGCUCUUGCCGAUCUGCGAUGCGAGGCAAUUCUCAUCGACGCCUGGAUGCACAUGUUUGCUGCUGUAGCCAGAGCCGACACACUUCGGAUUGAGCUGGAUAAUGGUUCGGACUUGGUCGACUGGAUAGAUGUUGCUGCCGAAUCGACCAGGCAUGGGUCGGCCAUGCAUCAUCUGGCAUUGCUCACCAAGGGUGUUUGGGUAUGUCUGCAGCAGCCUCAGUUGAGCGACGACCUUGCCAGCUUCAUAGCGAGCCUCGACACUGGCGAAAGUGUAGCUUCAAUCGCUGCUUUCCUACAGCUGGCAGAGGGUGCUGACGACAUAGAGUCAAUCGGCUCACCCGUCAACGCGGUCGACAAUAUCGCUUUCGUCACAUUGAGCUGGCUUCAUCUCCGCAGACUUCAGAAACGAGCAGACCAAUUCGACUCGUCUCUUUCAUCUGCCGUGCACGAUCAUACAGUCGCAUUGCGCGCGCUAUGCGCCCAUGCACCUUUUAUACCGUCUGCAGACUCUGUCGAGGACAUCGAAGUCGAUAGUAGCAGCGAGAGCGGAUCAGAAGAUGCUAGCGACUUUGCUCUUUCGUCAAAGACGAGUGAUGACUUCACUCAAGCGGUAGAUACCUGCCUAGAAGACCUGUACAUGCUUGGCCGGCGAGCUGCGUUGGGCGAGAUUGUUGUCACAUGAUUUUACAAGCUUCUUCUCCUCCGUCCCUCGGUUAGUAUGGUAGCAGGCUUGUGGCGCGAGCGCCUAUGAGAUCCUCACUGGCGGCUACGUGCCUACAGCGCUCAAGCUUGAGCUUGCGCGCGCGGUGGCGAGCUCAAUCUUUGUGAGCAAGCCUGCAUCGGCAAGGACGAGAUGAUCGGUCUAGUACGGCAAUGCACGCCAUCAGACAGACCUGAGCGAGCUGUACGGAUGAACGCGUCUCGCAAAGGGCGACGAUGGCCGACCUAUCUGGCGAUACGCGGCUCGUUCGACAAAGGCAGCAAAGCGAAGAGAUAUUGUACAUCUACAUUGCAAGGAGUACAAGAGCAAAGAGCAGCGCAGACUUGCUGUCGAGCUAGGCUUCGCAAUGAUCUUGCACUGCACUGACCUUGGUCUAGAUUACGUGAUGUUCCGC